UUCAAGGUUAUUUCUUUAUUUUUACUAUUUUCAAAAUAGAAAUAGAGAAAUACCCUUGAAUACCAUUGAAUGUGAAAGUUCCAGGAAAGAGUGUGGUACUUCUCAUCUAUACAGUGUAAAUGUUCCCAAUUUUUCUUGUCUGACCUUCAGACCAAUCCUCAUGACCUCUGCUUGAACUCUGAUUCUAAUAUCCGGAAUAAUGAAUGUUCGAUAUUGUGUUGGCCUAUAACGCAUUUUAGCUUGAAACAGAAGUACCACCGGAUACUGCCAAGAAGCAGUACGUUGAGGGUAAUUAGGGAUUGAUAGAAAUUAACAUUUACGUUCUCCACAGACGCAUCUCUGACAAGUGUUCGCGUAUUUUUGCAAGUAUGGAAUUUAGCGGUGCUUUGUCCUGUAGAUUAAAUUACACUGCCAUCUUGUGGUACAUUGUCGCACAGAAACAGUAUUCGACACUCUCCUCCUGCGAGUAUUUGGUAACUUCGCUGGAACUCAUUGUUAUUCGACCCUGUAGGCUUAAAUGUAUCGUGACUGUUUACAUUAAAGAUUAGUAGGCUUGGAAGUUUUUUGAGACGUUUUAUUUUGGGUUAUUUUGUUCCAUCCUUGGCCGGUUCAGUUGAAACUUGAAACCCACGUAGAAACCGCGGCAGGAUGAAUGUGCGCAUUGUAUACAGUGAUAUAAUUGAAACUGACUGAACACAAUCGUCCGUCCCUUUCUGAAUCAUGUGGCUGCUCCAAUCAGAACCCUUCUCUGACUGCACCUUCCGAUCACGCACCACAGGUGCGUGGAGCAGCAGGUAGCAGAUUAAAAUCCACUCACGGACUGUAACCACUAAAACAGUCUUUAGAAAAACGGCCACGAGAGGAAGUUUUUUAGGGCCGAUUUUACGCAUGGAAAUACAAUAUAUUGUUUUAUUCAGGAUUGUUCUCAUGAUUUCGUUUUUAAAUAAUGUAAUUUAGUGGCGUUUGGAGUUCUUGAAGUGCCAUCUGCUUCGGGAUUUUCAGUCCUUUUGAAUGCGUGGUAUCAGCCACCCAACUUCAGGAGCCGUUGGGGAGUUUUUCUCAAAACGAUUAUCAAUGACCAUGAAACUGGCCGUGUACUUUUUAACCACUGGGUUGACUCUUCUGACUCUACCAUGUGGGUCAUUCACGGAGGUCCCAUCAAAACCUUCGGGUACCGUGACCGUUCUGCCCCCAGUCCAUCCAGCGGGUGGUCCACAAGCCUUCCCCAAUGCGGAGAAAUCGGAUCUGCCGGUCUUCGCUAUGAAUUAUUCUCGUAUACAGGUGCCCUUUGAGAUCACCCUCUGGGUGCUGCUCGCAUCAUUCGCCAAGAUUGGUUUCCACAUUUACCACAAGGUAACCUUCUGGGUCCCAGAAUCGUGUCUCCUGAUCAGCAUUGGUCUGAUGGUGGGGGCCAUCAUGCACGCCGUCCACGAGGAGCCCCCGUCUGUGCUCAGCUACAACAUCUUCUUCCUCUACAUUCUUCCUCCCAUGGUCCUGGACUCUGGAUACUUCAUGCCCACCCGGCCCUUCUUCGAGAACAUUGGCACGGUGCUUUGGUUUGCAGUGGUGGGGACCCUGUGGAACAGCAUCGGGGUUGGCAUGUCUCUGUAUGGGGUGUGUCAGAUUGGGGCACUGGAGGUGCAGGACAUUAACCUGCAGGAGAACCUGCUGUUUGCCUCCAUCAUCUCAGCGGUUGACCCGGUGGCCGUGCUGAACGUCUUCGAGGAUGUCUCGGUCAACGAGCAGCUCUACAUCGUUGUGUUUGGAGAGAGCCUGUUCAGCGACGCUGUCACUGUGGUUCUGUACAACAUGUUUACCUUUGUAGCAGAGAUGCCAGUCGUGGAAACAGUGGAUGUGUUUCUGGGCGUGGCCAAGUUCUUUGUGGUAGGACUCGGCGGGCUGGCCUUUGGCCUGGUGUUUGGCUUCGUAGCGUCCUUCACCACGCGCUUCACCUCCAACGUCCGGGAAAUAGAACCGCUCUUCAUCUUCAUGUACAGCUACCUGGCCUACCUGGUGGCUGAGCUGUUCAACAUCUCUAGCAUCAUGGCCAUCGUGACCUGUGCCCUAACCAUGAAGUACUACGUGGAGGAGAAUGUUACCCAGCGGUCCUGCACCACCAUCCGUCACGUGGUCAAGAUGCUGAGUAGCAUCUCAGAGACCCUUAUCUUCUUUUUCCUGGGCGUGGUCACCAUAACGACGGAACACGAGUGGAACUGGGGCUACAUCCUGUUUACGCUGCUGUUUGCCUUCCUGUGGAGAGGACUGGGUAUCCUGGUGCUGACCCAGAUCAUUAACCCUUUCCGCACCAUCCCGUUCAACUUCAAGGACCAGUUUAUGCUUGGCUAUAGUGGCCUGCGAGGGGCAGUGACCUUUGCCCUGGUCUUCACCCUUCCAGACCACAUUGUCCGCAAAAAACUGUUUGUCACAGCGACCAUCUGUAUCAUCCUCUUCACAGUCUUCAUCCAGGGCAUCAGUAUCAGGCCGCUGGUGGAGUUCAUCAAUGUCCGCAGAACCAACCGCAACCUGGACACCAUCAACGUAGAGGUCCAUUCCAGGCUCAUGGAGCAUGCCAUCGCUGGGAUAGAAGACAUCUGUGGACAAUGGGGCCACUACUACUGGAAGGACAAGUUUAUGAAGUUUAAUAACCAGAUUCUGCGUAAGAUCCUGAUCAAGGAUAACCAGGCUGAGUCCAGCAUUGUGGCGCUGUACAAGAAGCUGGAGCUGCAGAAUGCUAUGGAGAUACUGGACACAGUGUCUGAAGGCACCAGCACAGCUCCCUCUGUCAUCUCUCUACGGAAGGAGAAGGGUCCUGGUAAACCCAAGAGGAAAUUUGUUGCUGCAGACCUGAGGAAAAUGCAUGACAUCUUGUCCAAGAACAUGUACAAGAUCAGACAACAGACGACAGAGUAUACCACCAAACACUCGCUGCCGAACGACAGCCACACCAAAGAGAUUCUGAUCCGACGGCACGGCACCAUCAGACGUAGCCUCCGGCUCCGCAGCUUCCAAAGCCCGGAUGAAGCCAGGAACCAGAAGUACUUUUCUCUUCCUGCAGGGAAGAGUCUUGACUGGAGACAAACAGAUAAUGGUGAGGAUGAGACCCUGUCGGGGGGGGGCUACCCAUCAGCCCCCCGCUCCAGGAUCGGCCAGCCCAGUAGGUCCUCUUCCAGAGUCAGUCUGCCACUACGCAGGCUGGACACUCUGACAGAGGUGUCCUCUAGCGCAGGAGUGGACCUGGUGGAUGAGAGGAGUGGAGGGAGAGGAAGGGCUGGUGGGCGUGGCAAGUCCCGUCUAAACUCCUCCUCCAGUGACUCCCGGGUUCCUGCCCCUCCCUGUCACUUUGACUCCUCUGAGGUUUUCCAUGGCAACAGAGACUCAAUGCCAGAGCAGGAGGAGCCCCUGUCCCUGUCUGUAACCUGGGCGGAGGAACCAAGUGACCAUGACGACAGCAGCACACAGAACCCCCUUCUCAGGAGACCACGGUGGAACCCAGUGAAACCAAAGAACCCCUGAGGCCAAUUGGAUGUCUGGACGGUAGCAGCAGGACUGCUGUUGGCCGAAUCGGGUUCUAAAGUUGAACUCCUCCAGAGGAACUUUUAAAAGACUCUUGAACCCAAGGAGGAUGUAGUGUCAAAUACCACCAGAUGAAAAUGCACCACGAAAGACCUACAACCAACCAUUCUCUGUAGAGCAAAUGAUACCACUGCAACUCAACACUGAAUCUAUAGCCCCAUUUAUACCUGGUU